AUGGUCUAUGGUACGGGUCACAACAAGUACAGGACAGAUCUCACUAUUGAUAGGAAGAACUUAGAAUCUUAUGAUGAAAUUGGAGUACCAGUGUUCUCAGGGACAGCAAUUCUCCAAGGAUUUGACACAGAAAAAAUUACCAAAGGGAUCAAUGGAUACUUGCGACAGGAAUUCCGUGAGUUGGAUAUGCUAGAUACAAUUACCCUUUUACGGUACAAGAAGUUAAUACCUGAAGAUGCAGUGAGACCUUUGCGAAAUCCAACAAUAAGGGCAUUCCAGAAGUGGGCAUCAGAAAACAACAUUGACUAUUCAUCCAAAUGGCACAAGUCCCUACAAUGGAGAAAGAAUGAGAAGAUUAUACAGGAGCCAGAAAAGGAUGGCACUUGGAACUUGGAAUAUGCUAAGACCCGUGAAGUGAUAGAGAGAGAGAAGAAUCAGCUUGGUAAGAGAAAGGCAACUGGUAAUUCAGGGCAAGAAGUCAUCACUUAUAACCUGUGGAAGGAAGCAUCACCAAACAGGAGAGAUGAAAUCAUGGAUCUCAGUACAUAUAUGGGAGGAUUUAUCUCAGAGAUAAAUCAUGAUUCUUCAAAGGAGGGCCCUGCAAAAGGCACGCAAUACAGUGCAGAAUCAACUAUAUGA